AUGGAAAUCCUGACAUUCGCUCUUUUUGCGGGAUGGGUUGGGCUGGUGAGGGGGGCGACUGAAUCAUCGAGUUCAGCAGCGAAUAGUACUGCUUUUACUUCGUCAUCUACGAAUAGAGUAGCUGCAUUUAUAUUGAAUGGUAUCGGAGAGACUGGGACGAGCUCGAGCGCAUCUCCGACGGUCGUUUCUACGGAGUCAAGCAACUCCGUUUCAGCUAGCACGGCGAUUAGUUCUACCUCCUUCUCUGAUAGUGCUGUCUCGAGUUCUUCGUUCACAGCUACCUUGAGUCAACAGUCGUAUGUAAAUCCAUGGGUGGGUAAUUAUAGUGGGACGGUUGCUCCAAGUGGAACUGGAAGCCUCUACGCGGCACAAUGUCAAAAUGAAUGGUAUAGUGUGAGCUCAUUCAGCGACUACUUGACGACCGCAAACUCUAGCACUAUUUGGACCACAGAAACAAUUCGUUCCGUAACAGUGACCGAGGUCCAUACGUAUUAUACCACUUCUAAAUACACCCUUUGCGAUGGCCACCCUCGAUUCAUCUCGUCGGCUCCAACAGCAACAUCUACAACUUUACUCCCGCCCUCGACUACCUCAUGGUAUGCCCUCGUGGUCGGCCUAGCUACAACGCUACAACCUAAUUGCUCCAUCAAUUUCGAUGACUGCGCGCCUUUAUGGUCGACAUAUGACUCUGCGUCCAGCGUCUAUGCCACACAGUCGUUUCCAGCCUCAACCACAGUCGUUUCCCUAGCUCCGGGCGCUUCUUUCGUUGUUAUUGCCGGAACGACAACUUCUUUCCCGUCUCCGGUCACCGCACAACCAACGAUCACAAUAGGGACCGAGGAUAUCGAGAUGUAUGGUGUCGGAACAUCCUGGACUUGGUAUAUUAGGACUACUCCGCUGCCCGGAGGAUUUCUAGGGGGAGGCCUUGUGCUUACUCCUGGUGGAGUGGCUACGAUUAGCCAUAGUGUUAGCACGGUUAUACCCCCAUAUAAGCCUCAUUGCAACACCGAUGCUCCAACUUGCACUCCCGGCGCAGCCUGCACAAUUGGCGGAGGAGAUGUCCGCCUCUUCUACUUCCCGCCACAGACAAAUGUGUCUAGAGACAUGUGCGCCACCGCACCAGUUGGUAGUGGAGUCCCGGGGAACCAGCCUCCUACUAAUAACACUUGGACCCCUAUUACUACAGGCCCAUAUACCGUUCUGCCAGGCAACACGACCUGGUUCUCUGGAAAUGUAUACGUCUCGCUACAAACCAUUGGGGCUCAUUGCUCAUGGUCGAGCCAGUACCUGCCAGUCGGCCAGCCCGGAUACGAGGGCGAAGUACUAACACUGGCGCCCUCGGAUGUUUUCAGUCUACGCGCUACCCCCUACUCACAGUCUGGUGGAGAAUCCGGCGUCGACUACGGAGGAACCCAGUGGCCGUUCAACUACGCUGACCUCCAGGAGCCAGUCCCGUGGUCUGCGUGGGAUGGGUUGAACGACUGCGUUUUCAGCAGGUGCACAGAGAUAUCGGGCUCGUAUAAUCCGGUGCUUGCUGUCCCAGCUGCUGUGAGGAGUUUGGACCCGCGGUGGGCGUCGUGCGACCUAAACUUGGAUGGGCUCUAUGACCCUCCAUGGGCAGUAAGCUCCGUAGGCAACUUCUUCCCUUCCACAACCACAAAAGACCCUGGAUCUCCUUCAGCAACCCCUGGACCCGGCCCUCCACAAUCCGUCAACGUACCCACCAACACACCUCCCAAACCCCCCUCCUCUCUUGGCGGCAUUGCGCUCCCCUCCUCCAUCGAUCCCAGCAACGGCGGCAACCCAAGCGAUCCAGGCGACCCAGGCACACCAUCCAACACGCCCCAACCAGGCGUCCCCCAACCUCACUCCUCCGCCGCCGCCGGCAUCCCUCCCGUCACCACGCCCAACAACCCUUCAGAUCCGGGAGGGAACAACAGCCCUCCCCCCUUGGGCCCCACAACCAUCACCACCAUCGGCGGCCAACCCAUCGUCGGCGACCCCGGCACUCCAGGCGUCAUCACCAUCGGCGGCACCACCACGCUCGCCCCUGGGGACCCAGGCACCGUGAUAUCCGGCACCUCCCUCUCCGUCCCCGACCCUAGCCACGUCGUCGUCGGCGGCACCACCCUCACUAUCCCCUCCGCUACCCCUGCCCCCGCGGCACCCCCUCUCAGCGUCGGCGGCUCGCCUCUCCUCACCAACCCCUCAGAUCCAGGCACCGUCGUCGUCGGCGGGACGACCCUCUCCGCCGGCGGGCCGGGGGCUGUGAUCAGCGGCACGAGCAUCAGCGUGCUCGAUCCAGGCCAUAUCAUCCUCAGCGGGCCCGCCGGUGUCUCGACCCUCGCUCUCCUCACACCACCACCCUCCUCUACACCCACCGGCGCCAUCAUCACCGCUCCAAACGGCGCCGUCUUCACAGCCACGUCUCUCGGCAACAGCGUCGUCAUCGCCGGCACUACCCUCUCCGUCGGUAGCCCCGCACUCACCCUCCCGGGCGGAUUGGUGAUCUCAGAUUCCCCCAGCGGUCUGAUCGUCGGGUCGUCGACCAUCCCGUUCAGCGCGCUGCCUGUGCCCACAGAAGAUGCGGUUAUCACGCUCGGGGGGCAGGUGUACACGGCUACGGAACUGCCGGGGGGGAGUGUGAUGGUUGCGGGGACGACGCUGUGGGCGGGUGGGCCGGCAGCGACGAUUGCGGGGACGGUGGUUAGUGAGGCGAGGACGGGGUUAGUGGUUGGGGGGGCGACGGUCCCGUUUGAGACAGUGGCGGGGGCGAGUGCGACGGGGGAGGGGCAGGCGCAGUUUACGGGAGGAGUGGGGAGGAGGGGGUUAUCCUACUACCCUCGAGGAACAUAA